GGAUAGGGGUUGAAACUGAAUUCCUUUCGCAAUCCGCUACAUUGUCCGUAUGCGCCCCCGUCGGCAUUGUCAAAAGGAGCGCCUUGAAUGCGGUAGUCUCGGUCAAAAAGCCUACGUUUUCGAGUAGAGUCGUGAGGUUGAAAUCGGGUUGAGUUUCCUCAGUUAAACACUACGUUGUCUGUUGAAACGGGUUCGGUGGAGUAUACAAAUUAGGGUUUGAGUGGUUACGUUGUCGUGCUUGCAUAAAAAUAGAAAUCCAUUUCCGGGAUGUCCUUCGAGAGAAAUUUCACCACCUAAAAGACCGGACCGGACGACUUUAAGCUGAUAAUGAAAAGCUGAGCUGGAAAAUAUCUCCCCCUCCCUGCGCCUGUUUCUGUCGUCCUUUUCCUUUCCACCCUAGUCUCUUCUCGAUUUCAUUAGAAUUGAAUCGUACGUGAAAAUGCCAUUAUCGAUUUUUAACACAAAUAUGGCGGCUGUAGCCGACUAGUGUGUGCACCGACCGAGGGUAUCAGUCACUUGAAGAUUUUUAUAAAAAUCUGACUGUUCGAGGAUAAUAGACGGAACGGUUGCCGGUGGUAUUCAUAAUUAUGUACACGUUCGGGAAAUAUUAAAUAUUUAUGCAUAAUUUAUCCCAGUGUCCGCGAAAAGUAAGGAAGAGAAAAUCAGUUUGUGAUAAUUCUUGAAGAAAAUUUAUGUGAUCUCAAAUGAGUGAAAUAAUAAAAUUUGUGUGUGUUGAUAACGGAAAAUUUUAAUAAUUCAUUAUAUCUACAAUAGUUAGUAUAAAUUUACAAUCAAGUCACCUCUUCGUUACGUUUUGGAUCAAGGAAUGAAAGCCACACUUGGGAAAAUUAGCUGCUCGAAGGACAUGAAACAUCAAUAAUACGCGAGAAGCAGCCGAACGUGAUGAACAAGUAGCGAACCCUGAAAAUGGACGACGAGAACAAAUGAAGGAUAUCACGGAAAUUAGAUAAGAUUUCUCUCAGUGGAAAGGAGCGACAAAAUAAAAUCUCUUCAAAACGGAUACGACAACGGAUUACGACCAGCGUAGCUGUAAGGCGGAUACAUCAACCGAUUCGAAAAUGCAGAAGGAAAAUAAUGCACCCGCGGAAAAUCAUCAAUAUGUCGGGCCGUACCGUCUGGAGAAAACGCUCGGCAAGGGCCAAACAGGCCUUGUUAAGCUGGGUGUGCAUUGUGUCCUCGGGAAGAAGGUUGCCAUUAAGAUAAUCAAUCGGGAGAAGCUCAGCGAAUCGGUUCUAAUGAAGGUCGAACGGGAAAUCGCCAUAAUGAAACUAAUCGACCAUCCACAUGUUCUCGGAUUAACGGAUGUCUAUGAGAAUAAAAAGUACUUAUAUCUGGUCCUGGAACACGUGUCCGGUGGUGAACUGUUCGACUAUCUGGUGAAAAAAGGACGCCUAACGCCGAAGGAAGCCAGAAAAUUUUUCCGGCAAAUAAUUUCAGCGCUAGAUUUCUGUCAUUCACAUUCCAUUUGCCAUCGUGACUUAAAGCCCGAAAACUUGCUGCUGGACGAGAAGAACAAUAUAAAGAUAGCGGAUUUUGGGAUGGCAUCCUUGCAACCGGCUGGAUCAAUGCUGGAGACAUCAUGCGGGUCACCGCACUAUGCUUGCCCGGAAGUGAUACGAGGUGAGAAGUACGAUGGACGCCGAGCGGAUGUUUGGUCCUGUGGUGUGAUUUUAUACGCUUUACUAGUUGGUGCUUUACCGUUCGACGAUGAUAAUCUACGGCAACUGUUGGAAAAAGUGAAACGUGGCGUUUUUCACAUACCACACUUUGUUCCGCCCGACUGCCAAAGUUUGCUCAGAGGAAUGAUAGAGGUGAAUCCGGAAAGGAGAUUGACGCUUACAGAAAUCAAUAGGCAUCCAUGGGUGACGGCAGGUGGCAAAGGUGAACUGGAGUUGGAACUUCCCAUGAUGGAGGUCGUACAAACGCACGUGAUACCGUCAGCUUCUGCAGUGGAUCCAGACGUCUUGAAUGCUAUUUGUUCAUUAGGUUGUUUUAAGGAAAAAGAUAAACUUAUUCAGGAGCUACUUAGUCCAAAUCAUAAUACAGAAAAAGUGAUAUAUUUCUUACUGCUGGAGCGAAAACGACGGCGGCCCGCCCUUGAGGAUGAAGAGGAACAAGCGAAAUCCCGAAACGACAUCUGUGAGCCAGCGGAUCCACCCCGAAAACGAUUAGAUACUUGUAGGGUAAAUGGUCAAAAUUGUUUGAAUUUCGGUCAGAUUAGUGAAGGAUCACCGCUAACACCCCGACGGCAGGCCUUCAAUUUCCGCUCCUAUAGCAAUGCUAGAAAUCACACGAGGCGUUCCCCAUCAUCGGCAUCUUCGGUGCGAUCCUCAUCAUAUCAUAGUCCAACGCGUGCUUCAUCGAUUAAUUCGACCCAAACAACGGUGAUUUCAAGACCCUCAUCACCGGCCACGGUUACGUCCGCCUCCGCACGACAUUCGACACAUUCUCCAACCCCUGUUAGUCGAACACCAUCCCAAACCAGCAAUAAUGAUUCGAACAAUACGUCGCCUGCACAUCAUCGUGCUAAUUCCGGUCCAACGAUAGCAAUCAGUAUGUUCCAGGAUCCUGAAAGUAAUAAUGUUAUGACACCACCAGGUUCACCACACAUUAAUGCCCCGCCACCUGUUAUGACCGGAUCAGCGUGCAGUACGACGGGCGGACAAUUAUGGAAAACGAGACUGACUAAUAUUAAAAAUAGUUUCUUAGGAAGUCCAAGAUUUCAUAGAAGAAAAUUACAAGAAAUUACAACAUCUACCGAUGAGGUGCAUUUAACGCCUGACUCCUCACCGGAACUAACGAAGAGAUCAUGGUUUGGAAAUUUAAUGACAACGGAAAAGGAUGAGACGUUCACAGUUCUGGUGAAAGGCAAACCUAUCGCCACAGUGAAAGCACAUCUAAUACAUGCUUUCUUAUCGAUGGCUGAGCUUUCACAUAGUGUAAUUUCACCAACUUCAUUUAGAGUAGAAUAUAAACGCAAUGGUACCGGCCCAGUGAUGUUUCAAAGGCACGUUCGAUUUCAGGUUGAUAUUAGUGCGAUAUGUAAGCAAGGAGAUGUUGCUGAUAUGUUAUUUGCAAUCACCUUCACUCUACUAUCAGGUAAUAUUCGACGGUUUCGAAGGAUAUGUGAACACAUACAGUCGCAAGUUUGCUCAAAAAGAUUCCCAGGCCCUAGUAGUCCACCGAAUAUUCCUACUGUAACGCAGGCCGUAUCAGAAAGUUCCUCGUGUGGAUCAGAUUCGAGUGAGAGAUUAUGUUAUAAACGGCAGAUCGAGAAUGAGUUAGAUACAGAUACCAUCUUCGACUGUAAAACGGGAAAUGGAAGGAGAUCAUCGGCGAGCACGAAUAACAAUAAUCCUGUUCUAUGUGAUCCUGGUAGUCCGAAAACUGUACGAUCUAAUUCUGAAUCGACUGAACAUGAUCGUGCCCGUGAACGUCCAAAUGUCGAUAGACAACCGACAACUAUGUCGGGCAGUGCAAUAGCAUGAGAAUUAUUUCUCUGAUUUAGUUAUCGAUUGAAUCGAUUAAAAUUUUGGACGAG